UCCGCCUCCUCGCCCUCCUCCCUGCCCGCGGGGCACGGGAGCCGGUGACGGGGGAGCGAGGCGGAGUCUACGGGGAAGAUACCGAGAGAUAGAGAUUUAAAUCACAUCCCCGGCUGUAGAAGGGCAGCAGCAGCAGCAGCCCCGGCGCAGAGGCACGGACGCACGCGCCGAGACAGGUCCCGCCGGCUCCGCCGCCGCUGCUGCUGCUCGCCAUGGGCGCUGCCGCCGCAGAGACCCCCCGCGCCCUGGGCCUGGUGUCCAGCGUGGUGAACGACACCCUCGAGUUCUACCGCUGGACGUGGAGCAUCCGAGACAAACGUGUUGAUGACUGGCCCCUGAUGCAGUCUCCAUUUCCAACGCUGACUAUAAGCACUAUUUAUCUCCUCACUGUCUGGCUGGGCCCCAAAUGGAUGAAAACAAGAGAGCCCUUCCAGUUACGUUUCCUGUUGGUUGUUUACAACUUUGGAAUGGUUCUUCUCAACUUCUUCAUUUUCAAAGAGCUGUUUUUGUCAUCAAGAGCUCGAGGCUACAGCUAUGUCUGCCAGACCGUGGAUUAUUCAGAUAAUGUUUAUGAAGUUAGGAUAGCUGCUGCUUUAUGGUGGUAUUAUAUCUCUAAAGGAAUUGAAUAUUUGGAUACAGUAUUCUUCAUCCUGAGGAAGAAAUUUAACCAAAUCAGUUUCCUUCAUGUCUAUCACCAUUUCACCAUGUUCACCUUGUGGUGGAUUGGUAUUAAGUGGGUUGCAGGUGGACAAGCUUUUUUUGGAGCUCAGAUGAAUGCAUUUAUUCAUGUCAUUAUGUACAUGUAUUACGGAUUAGCUGCCUGUGGCCCUAAAUUUCAGAAGUACCUGUGGUGGAAGCGAUACUUGACCAUAUUACAGUUGGUGCAGUUCCAUGUGACUAUUGGCCACACAGCUUUGUCUAUUUAUAUUGAUUGUCCUUUCCCUAAAUGGAUGCACUGGGGUGUAAUUUUCUAUGCUGUCACCUUCAUUUUCCUGUUUGGUAACUUCUACUAUCGGACAUAUAAGCUGCCCAAGGAAUCCGUAAAGAAUGGCAAAAUAGCAAAUGGUGCUGUUGCAAAUGGAGUAAGCAAACCAGAAAAUAAUGCAGUAGUGGAAAAUGGAAAAAAGCAGAAAAAGGGAAAAGCAAAAGGAGAAUAACUUGAUCUAGGCCUUAACCACUGUUGGCAGUGAGGAACCUCCAGUUUGGUUUAUAAAAGGAAGAAAAAAACCACUAUCUGUACCAAUUAACCUUAGGUUACCGAAGAGCUAGAACACAGAUACUUUCAUUAUUUAUGAAGAUUGUUUUAAGAACACCUCUAAAGUUGAAUUUCUGUUGUAAUUAUGUAAUUAUCAUGCAUUAUGGUCUCUGUGUAAACUUGUAGACUGCUGGUGUUGGUGAAUAUAAGGAAGAAUUAGAAUUGGCUCCAUGCUUAGCAGUCCAAAAGUUAAUACUACCAUUACUACAGGCAGCUUUGCUGGCACCCCAUUUCUUUGGGGGAGGGAGGGGAAGGAAGUAGCAUUUGGAUAUUUGUGUUUUCUUUCCAGAAAUUGAUUAAAUUUCAAAUUAUGACUUAUUAUCUAAUCAGAAUGCGCAACUUUUCUUGUCCUCCUUGGAAAGUAUCUUCAGACACAUUAUAUUUAUGUGCUGUCAGAACAGUGUUUCACUUUUCAGACAUUACUUGAUUUAAAUAAGUGUCUGUUACAGUUGUUUUGUUUUGUUUUGUUUUUCUCUUGCGUGGAAAUAUACCUACCUCUUCAUCUGCUGGAAAGAAUACUGAGCAUUAAAUAACUGGUUUCUGAAAUAUGGAGUCCUCGAAUAUAAGUAUCUGUUAGCACUAAUUCAGGAGAAAAUAUGAUUUCCUGUGGGAGUAAAAGGGAUUUGGGGGGUCAUUUUUUUGGUUAAGGCAUCAAUAACCUUUUUCAAUGUAAACCUAAAUUUUGGAGCGGUACUUUUAGUAAGACUAAGUGAAGAAAACAUUUUAAGAAUGUAUAAAUAUGAAACAACACAUUAUCUAAAGCAGGUAGUUAAAAGUAGGGCUGCUACUUGUUGUCCAUGACCUGCAUUAAACCUGCAGUGCUGACUGAUACUGAAAAUGGUAAGAUAAUAUUAUGAUGGAGAGAAGACAACAAUACGUAAUUCCAUUUAGAAAUGCGGUAUGUGUGAGUAGUCAUGCUACAACUACGAGACUGUCACUUUAUUGGGAGAGAGAAUUCAGUUAAUAAGUACUAAAUACAGCAAACAAAAAAUGUUGAAAAUGCUGCUACUGCUUGAUACCCAACAAUACUGUAUUUGUUUAGACACUUGCAACAAAGUGUUGCUAACGGUCGGGCCACCAUGUUAAUGUGAAUGUCAAAGAAGGGCUUCUGAAACUCUGUUCCCAAAAUAUUCUCAGCUCUUGCCAACCUAAUUGACAAAGUGAUUCUGCUAAUAAUUUUUUAGUCAAAAUUACUAACAUAAAUAGAAGCCUUUUAGAUGACUUUUCAUCUUACUUGAUACAUUAAUGGACUUCUUACGUCUUCUUUUGUGAAGAAAAUGUGGAAAGAGUUAUUCUUUUUCCAAAUAAUGUGAUUACUAAGCAAGACAUUUUGAGCCGCUCAGCAUGCAAUGAGUAUGAGGCAGGAGUGGAAUUAGAAACCAUAUCCCCAGCUCCCAGGUUUCUUGGUCAUCACUCCAAGGCUUAGAUUAUUGCUGUCUAAAUGUAUUCCUCCCAGCUCUGGUAAAAACCACAUUCAUCAUUAGUGAUAAACUUGCAUCCAGCAAGUGACGCUACCAUUGAAGAAAAAAAGUACAUGGAGCUGUAGGUGUAAAGUGUGUGACGUGUAAUAAUUUUCUUGUCUCAAUUAUCCAUUUGUCUGUUAAUAUUAACUAAGCAUCUUCUGUGUCUCAGGUUUGUGUCUUGUCUCUGUACUGAAAACUGUCUAAACCUGAGAAACAAGUCCUAGGGGAAAAAAAAGGGUUGGUCAUAGUCUGUUGUAUUUAGAAAUAAUUCCUAAUGCUGGAGUUGAUUCAGCUGGAAGGUAGUUCAUCCAUAAUCUCCACCACUGUGGAUUUUAUGGCAGAAUAUAGGAUCGUGAAAGUAUGUCUCUGGUGAGCUGUAAUGUAUGUGACCAUUAAGUUUCCUGUCUGCUGUGUCUUAUGCUUCUUCCAGCCUUUGUACUGAUGCUUUUUUCAUUUGCAUAACUCUAUGUAUUUAUGUGGUGUGGCACAGGGAAAAGGGGUAGUGGGCUACUUUUCCUUUCUGGACAAAUGCCACUACCUGUAAACAAGCCCAAAUGUUGGCUGACUGGGAGACUUUGGAAUGGCUAAAGGAGCAAUUAACUACAAAGCAAGUUAGCAGAUUUACGGCAUGCCUGCAGCUCCAAGGUAAUGGCUGGUGUGAAUACACUUUGCCCUUUUUUAAAUUCAAGGUAGCUUACCCCACUUUGACUAAAGGAUUCUAUUUGCCAUGGGAUGUGGGCAGAUAACUUGUAAACCUAUCAUUCCUUGUAUUAUGUUGAAUUAGUUGUUUGCUCUGUCUUCUGGUGAGCCAGAUCAGAUAAACUGAUUAUGUGAAUGUGAUCUAGCUCUGAAAGAGCACAGAGAAGUAUCCCAGUACAGGUCCAAUUAUUCUUUGCUACACUUUGUAAAGUAAUAUUUAUGUUAUGCAUGUCGGCAAAUACUUAAAUAACUGAAAAUCAAAUGUCUCCCCUCGUCAUGCAUAGAAGCUGCUUAAAAUUGAUGAUAACUUGAACCUUACUGGCAGAACUUGAGUAGAAUCCUACCGUUGAGCUCUGCAGCACUUGGUAACUUUUAAGAAAAAAUGAAACAAUGCAUUGUGAGAAUGCAUGCAUACAAACAUAUCGUGUUGGCUGGUUCUCUAGUUAAAACGGGUUUGAAAGAUUGGCAUUUCAUGGGAAAAAAAAAAUCAGUUAUUAAAUUGCUAGAACACUGCUGCUUUGAGUCCAUCUUCUGCAAUAUGGCUUUCCUAGGUCUAUGAUAUAUUUGAUUGUUCAUGUGACUUGAGUCCCAUUAUGGUCUUGAAUAUAAUGGCCUUAUUAAAUGUGCAUUUUUUUGUAGGCAUGGUCUUGAGUGCAAUACUUCUGUUUCUGACUAUGCAGCCAGAUUCACAGAAUACAGGACUGAACUUGUACGGCUUUCUCUUUUUCAAAAUUUGAGGCAACGAUGCACAUGUGAGAUAAAUGCCAGAUUCAUUAAAGUCACCAUUGAGUCCAAGGCACCUCAGAAUUUUGCCAUGAAAAUUCUAGAAUAUAUGUGUAAAUGUGUGUUAGCUAUACACAGAAUUGAAAUUUAAACUAUAAAAUCUACUUCAUGGGUUUUUUUCUUUAUUUUUUUAAUGCUUCAAUUUAUUUAAAAGUGAAACUCAGAUCGCUUGGAACUUUUCUGUUUUUGCCAAGGAAAGAUACAUUUUUGCUAACAGUUCUGAAGCUCUUGGACUGGAGUCUCAUGACUAUUUGAUGCCAUAUAAGUGAUACCGUUUAAUUUAGCCUCGUUUCUAGCAGUGACAGUUGUUGGAUUCUUUUAGCACUUUGUCAGUGUAAAAUAAAUACAAAUUAUCUGUAUGUGUGUGUACAUAUAUGUGUAUGCAUACAUAGCAUAUGUGUGUGGCGGCAUAAAUAUAUAGGUUCCUGGCAAGUUCUUUCAGUAUGUGAAGUAAAUUAUAGUUCUUUAAUGUGAAGUUGGCAGAAGCUAGUAGAACAGUUCCUACAGCUUGAGCAGUAAAAUGAAGCCUUUUCAUUGAUCCAGUAUCAGUCUUGCAGACAUAAAUAGUAUUUGUCAGUCAUUUUAAACACAGAAUGGCAGACAUGCCAGAGCCAUUUCUCCCAGUGCAGUAAAUAGUUUGAGGCAUCGUAGAUUCUGAGGGAAAGGACCUCGACUCAGAUCUUGAGGAAAUAUUCUGUUUAUAGUAGGGAACAUUUUAGGAAACAGUGUGAGUAAUUUGCUCCAGGUAAGUCUUUAAAGUCAUAGAAAUCAAGUUCUCUAUAUAACAAAACACUUUUAAAAUAAAGAAAUAAAUGGCCUAUUUGAUUAUUUGACCAUUACUACUUCCAGCUUCAGAUCAGAAGGAACAAAUGAAAGCAAAAUAAAAAUGUUGCACAUUUUUUUAUCAGAUUAAGCUUAGGGCACAUUUCUUCAGAGUAAGCACUUGGCUUCCAUAUGCUGGGGAAGCAGGUAAGAAAGGGGUGAAUAGCUGUUGUGCUGAAAGGUCUCACUCCUAAAAUAGCUUAUGAGCACACUUACUAUCUCUUAAAAACUUGGAUAGAACUGUUCAUGGUGCAUAAAGUUAAGCCCCACAUGAAUUUAGUGUGGAAUGAGAGUCAUAAUGUUUAAACUGGUACUUAAAAUUAGAUCUGUUUCAGUUAAAGUUGAAGAAUGAGUAGCUUUUUAAUUAUCUGGAUAGCGUAUUCAUCUUGGUUAGAAUUACAGACUAAGCAGUUUGGCACCUAGAGCAAGUCACCCAUAUGACAUCUCAUUGUGUUGUGGUCUGGUGAGUCGGCCCCUUUGCUAAUGUAAGCAGCCAAAACUGUGGAAAUCAGUGAGAUGUUUCCCAUUUACCUUAGCAGAGUAUGUUUAAGCCCUACAGAACAGAGAAAAUGCUUUCUGCCAAUAUCCCAGGAAGAUGAGGGAAAUGUGUGGUUCAGGAUGCUGGUUUUGCGUAAGGUGUUCAUGCUUUUGUAAAACAAUAAAAAUAAAAUUUACUUUUUCAUGCUGUUUGAGUUUGUUUUUAUGCAUUCCAUAGAAUGUUGUGUCCCCCACCUGACUUUGAAAUGCUCACUGAUUUUUGCGGUAUUGUGCAGGUCGUGCUAAUGUAAUCUGUUAUGUAGCCCAGAAGUUUGAGAGAAACACUUUUGUGGCACGUCCUCCCAUUUUAAGAUUAUGGGCACUUUGUAAUUUUGAAUAUUAACCCAAAAUGGUAGUCUAGUGGUUGUGAAAUCACCCUUAAGGAGCUGACUGAAAAUAGAAUGUCCACUUAAACAAAAACACAAGGCUCCUGUAUUGUAUUCUGGCUGUGCAGAAUGUGUAGCUGCAUCGCAUUUGGACCAAGUGUCAUCUUCAGGCUGAGGGAAACUGGAAGUGUCAGAUGACACCAAGUGCAAAUAGCUACUCCAGGUGUCAGGUAGUAGAGAAUAAAGUCUGCCAUCAUAGCAAAAUACAGUGUGAUCAAUUAUCUCUUGCAUAAUUUGCAUCAAUUGCUUCAAUCUGUUGCUUACACUGUCCCUGGAAUCAGAAAAUGCACUAGGUAUUCAGAGCAGAGCUUGUCCUUUAAAGUGUUUGACACAUGCUGGUGGUAGGCAGUCUGUCCAGACAUCUUUUCCAUAAUAUUUAUUCCCCAGCAGUAGUUAAAAAUCAGCACACCUGAUCAAGUUUCAUCAGGUGGUUGGACAGAAUAGAAUAGAUACUUUGUUUUUCAUGUCUGGUUUUCUUUAUUGUAUCACUUGCUACUUAACAUCUAGAAAAUUGUGAUUGGGAGAAAUGUUUUUUUAUCUGUUUGGUUGCUCAGCUUAGAGCAUUAGAGUUGCCUCAAGAGUGGGUGAAUGCGCGCUAUGGUCUUAGACACAAAUGAGGCAUGUACUGAAGACAGUACUUUACAUGGACUAGUGCCUUUCAGUGUCUUUUUAUGCUUGAGACUUAUCAGGUAGCCUAAUGAAUGCGCACACACUUUUCUAUUGAUUGCCUGAUAUGUCAGUGAUGUUGCAUUUGACUUAACUGCAAAGAUACUUAUUGAUGGGCAAGAUUAUGGCUCUUCUCAUCACAGCGGUACCAGUUAUCCAGGGGCAGAUUAGUGAACGCUGGCCUCUUUGUGUCAAUACUGUGCCAGCAGGUCCUGCCAGAACACCACACAAUCCGUACAGCUUUGAGGGCAAAAGCUAUUCGUGUUUUUAUUGAUAUGAGCUUGUAUGGCAUCACUGCUGUCUAUCAAAUCAGCAUCAGGUAGGUUUUAGUCUGCUAAAUGAGAGAAAUCUUUGAUUUUUGAAAGAACACGAAGAUAAAAGUUGUCUGUCCUUACCUUUAAGUUGAGAACUGUUACUCUUGCAGUGAUACCAUCUUAAUUUGUUUCAUGUUGAAAACCAUCUUAUACUGAUGUCUUUUGAAGUGUGUUUAUGAGAGAAAACUAGAGAAAUACAAGAAAAAACUUAGGCCAAAAGCUACAGAGGAUGGAGUAGUUGCUCCUCUAGUUUUUGCCCUUGCCUCCAGAUGUUGCUGGAGUUCAAUGGCUACUCUGUAACAGUUACUGGUGUGUAUUUAUUAUUUAUAGAUGCCGUAACAGUAUACAAGUUAUGUACUUAUGCAUAAGUGCAUUCUGAAGUACAUAAAAACUUCUUUGUCUUAUGAUAGAGAUCUAUUUAUCUAACCAGAAAUGCUUGUAGUGGAAGUAAUGAAAAAUGUUGUAGUCCUGCAUUGGCAGGACCCACAAAUAAUUAGUAUUUACUCUCUAUUUUCUGAUUAAUAAUCUUGAGAGCUCCUGAGGAGCUUAUUGCAAUACCACAAAGCUCUGUGAAGAUGAAAAUUGCUAUGUAACUGCUAAAAACCUAUUUUGCAGAGCUGUUAUUGCAUUGUUUCUUUUUUUUGUACGUGUGUCUUCAGGUCAAAUGCUUGCUUACUAAACUAUUCUAGAGUGAGUUCUACUUCAUAGAAAGAUCUUGUAAUAGUUGCAAGUGAGUAAAAUGUCAAAAUGGACUCUGGAGUGUUAUAUAGUUAAGGGGUUUGAGUCUAUGGCAUCACCUGGUACACUGGCUUCACCUCAAGUGCUGCUCUUGCUCACAGGGAACAGCAAUCUGAGUCCAUCCAGCCCCUAAUGAAUUUUCUUUGCUGGACAGCAGGUACUCACCUGGGAUUUGGUGUCUGACCUGGCUUCCACGCGUUUGGCAGAAGGGUCAGGAAAAGUCCAUGGGCCAAAAAAGGUUUUAUUUAUUUUGCAGUUCAGCCUGCUUUCAAAUCGCCAGACUUGGCUGGAGGUGUUUGAACAGUGCACUGAAAGCUUGAGGUACAGAGUUUGAAGAAAAUGUAGUUCUGGUUUCAGUAUGUGUAGAGAGCUUAGCAUGCUUUUCAGUUCUUAGUUGCUUGACAUCAACCAAAUGUGCUGGAAAUACUCAGUUAAAUGUGAAAACAAGCAAACAAAUUACUUUUCUAGAAACUCAGGCUUUAUGUAGUAGCUAGUUUGUCAUGGAAAACUUCCCCUUUGUCUUUAGCCACUGUGCAUGCCUUUCUGCUCUGCUAGGAUGGCUCCUUGGAUGAAAAUUGCUCUGUAUGUUCAGGAAAUAAUUUACUGCUGUGAUUUGUCACUGGGGCAUUUGAAGUGACUUCUCUUAUGGUCUGAAAUGCUGAAUAGCAGCCGCACAGUCCAAGCAGGUUGAGUAGUAACAAUACUUCGCAUAUCAUGAUCUCAAAGCUUUGCUACAGAACUGAGUUUUCUGGAUACUAUAAGCUAGGAAAAGGAUCAGCUUUUAUUAAGUUUUGUCUUCCUGCUUAACAAAUACCAGGCUACCAGGACAAAAUCCAGUUUUGUAUUCUAUGAUACAAAUGCGUGUUGUAUGCUCAUAACCAGAGCUUAUGGCUGCGAGAAAUAGUUUACUGCACUAUAAAAUCACUUUGUUAGAGAUUUUAUACUGAGCUAUUCUCUUCUGUGAUCAGAGUUCAAUAAAAAAUGGAUUUUUAUAUAAAUCUGACUUUUGGGUUUUUUAUU